GAUACCAAUAUGGAAAAUUCCUUAGAGCCUAAUAUUCUAAACUCUGAGCGUUCUCUUUGCUGACAUUUGAAUUUCUUUAGACUAUAUUGAAGGCCUUACAGCACCUUCAUCGACUCUGGAUUUAAAGAGGAGGUUACUUUUUAUUAUGAACAUGCAGAGAAAGCUUCAAGAAAGCAAUCAAAAAUAGUACCCAGAAAGAAUAGUUUAAAGAACAAAAAUGACUAUUACUAUGUCCUGAUUCUUGUAUUUGGCCCAAACAGGAGGAAGAAAGAGUUUUGGAGAUAUAUUACAAAGGUAGAGCAUUUUGAGUUCGACACUGUCAGUAUUACUCAGAGAAUGAUUUUUGGGCAGACAGAUAUAGCUUAUCAGGUUUUAAGCAAUAAGAUGAUAAAUUAUUUUGUAAGAAUUACUUCAAGAGUUUUGAAUGCAGUAUCUUUCAAUAAGCUAUCAAUUUCUGGCAAGCAAUUGGCGCGCAUUAUGUCUAAUGUUACUCAAGCAAAUAAACUGAUAUUUGAAUCAUGCAAUUUAAAGCCAGUGAAAUCUUGUGUACCAAACCUAAAGAGGAGGUCUUCAUUUGGUUAUCUUGAGAUAAACUUGACUAAUCAAGAAGAUAUUCCAAUGUCUUUUACUGGACCUGAGAUGAUCUCUAUUCUUAAGUUCAUACAUAGAUCAGGGAUUUCAAAAUUUGUAAAUAUGAUUGAAUUUUCCUCAAAAUUAGGUUUACCUGAAAGUGAAGAUGAGAUAAAGCUAUUGAAAAGAGACCUAGGGUUCUCUCAUACAACUUUUAAAAUUUGGGAUAUAACUGGAAGACCAGGAUGGAUAUUUUUCCAUGAUGAAACUGACUAAUACAGCUAUUAUUUGCAAAUAAAUUCAACCCAUAAAA